AAGGAGCUGAGAUCAUACGAGAAGAGCAGAGAAGGUUGCCACGAGAGCAGCAGAGCAGGGCAGAGCAGAGUAAAGCGGAUCGCAGCUGAGCUCGGAGGUCGUGGGGGGAGGGGGGCAGUAGUAGAAAGGAAAGGAAGGAUCAGUUGGUCUUUGUCACUCGCAGGCUCUGAAGUGCAGGGAGGGGCAAGUCCUUAUGGCGGCCACCGCACUUUCGACGAGCAAUGUUGCGCUGGGUCUGGAGGCCCAGUCUGUUGCUUCCGGCAGGAGCAGGUUUCUUGGAGGGAACGAGCUCUUCUCGAGGAGGGUGGUGAGUGUCGUCGGACCUGCUGAAGGAAGAGCGCAACGAGCUGCAGGCGAUCUGCGAUGUCGAUUGUCCGCCGCGGCGGACUUGCCGGUGAAUUCGUCCAGCGGAGACAGAGCAGGGUAUGGGCAGCAGUCGGCUCGGCGGGGAAUUUCGGCUUCUGCUGCUGCUGCGGGCGCUGCCGAAGUGGUCGAGGAGGAGCCGAAUCCCAUGGUGGGAUGGCUCGCAGGCAGGCGCGGCGGUGACGAUGAGGACGACGAGGAAGAUGGCGAUAUGCUGCGGGAAGAGUGUGGAGUGGUGGGCAUUUUCGGCGAUUCCGAGGCCAGUCGGCUCGCGUAUCUGGCUCUGCACGCGAUGCAACACAGGGGGCAGGAAGGGGCGGGCAUUGUUACUUGUGAUGAGCGCUCGCUGCAUUCCGUCACGGGCAUGGGGUUAGUCUCGGAGGUUUUUGACCAGUCGAAGCUCACUCAGCUCCCGGGCUCGUCCGCCGUCGGACACGUGAGGUACGCCACCGCUGGAGAAUCCGUGCUGAAGAACGUGCAGCCUUUCGUGGCCGGGUACAGAUUCGGAUCCGUGGGAGUGGCUCAUAAUGGAAACCUGGUGAAUUACAACGAGCUCAGGACUAUGUUGGAGGAAGAUGGUUCCAUUUUCAACACCUCUUCCGAUACGGAAGUGGUUCUUCACUUAAUUGCCAUCUCCAAGGCCCGGCCUUUUAUUGCGCGUCUUGUGGACGCCUGCCAGCAGCUGGAAGGUGCCUACUCGAUGGUCUUUUUGACUGAGGAUAAGCUCGUUGCGGUUCGGGACCCUUAUGGAUUCCGCCCCCUGGUAAUGGGGCGGCGCAAGAACGGAGCUGUCGUCUUUGCUUCCGAGACUUGUGCGUUGGAUUUGAUCGAAGCAGAGUACGAGAGGGAGAUACACCCUGGAGAGGUUGUGGUUGUCGACAAGGACGGAAUCAGCUCGCUGUGCCUUAUGCCGCAAAGGCAACGCAAGGCGUGCAUUUUCGAGCAUAUCUACUUCGCUCUGCCGAAUUCGGUCGUUUUUGGUCUAUCGGUGUAUCAGUCUCGGUACAAGUUCGGAGAGAUUUUGGCCACAGAGGCCCCUGUGGAGUGCGAUGUCGUGAUCGCCGUGCCGGACUCCGGAGUCGUGGCUGCGUUGGGCUACGCGGCGAAAGCCGGGGUUCCCUUCCAGCAGGGUUUGAUCAGAUCGCAUUACGUGGGCCGCACAUUCAUUGAGCCUUCACAAAAGAUCAGGGAUUUCGGGGUAAAAUUAAAGCUCGCUCCCGUGCGCCCCGUGCUGCAAGGCAAGAGGGUGGUGGUGGUGGACGACUCCAUCGUCAGGGGAACUACGUCGUCGAAGAUUGUCAGGCUGAUCAAGGAAGCUGGAGCGACGGAGGUGCACUUGAGAAUCGCCAGUCCGCCCAUCCUGGGCUCGUGUUACUACGGAGUGGACACUCCUUCCAAAGAGGAGCUCAUCUCCUACAGACUCAACGUGGAGGACACGAGAAAAUUCGUGGGCGCCGACUCGCUCGCGUUCUUGCCGCUGGAGAAACUGAGAGACAUGCUCGGCACCGAAGCCCCGACUUUCUGUGACGCCUGCUUCACGGGAAACUACCCCGUCCCGCCGCGGGACCUGUCCAAGGACGCAGCCGAGAAAGAAAUCGCCCACAAAGUCUUGGUCGACGGUUUAGUAGAUACCUACAAUGGCUCCAACAGCAGCUCGAACAACAACAGCAGCAGCAGUCGCAAGCCCGUCGCUCCCGCCGGUGUACCCUAGUUAGCGUCGAGAGGACCCGUGUACUGUAGAUAGGCAAUAUAUUUAGGGACUUGAGGCUUCAAUAAAUUAUUUCUUACGACCUUCCUUGGAAUAGAGCUUGGUUGGACAAUUUUCGACG